AUGGCCCUUCAAGAAGCAAAGGCGAUGGGACUGAGCCUGAUGCCUGACCCAGAGACGUUCGCAAACCCACCUCGCGAUCUUCAGGACCAGAACCAGCGUGCAAAAUACUUGUAUGAUAGUAACCUUCCCGAGGACUGGGGCUCGACCGCAUCUGAAUCCGGCGACGACGAUGUCGACAACCUUAACGAUGACGAGGAGCUGGCUCAGUAUAUGCUCGAAACCGGCGGGCUGACAGACAGAGAGGUCGAUAGGUUGGACGGCAAGACUUCCAGCCGGUUGGGCGUUCGAGACUCGACCGUUGCUGGUGGGAUAGGGACGAGUGGACCCAACGGACAAAAGAACUAUCCGGAACGAGAGACGGGCGCCAAUACAGGACCCAAGGGCGUGCUUGCCGACCAAAAGUAUCAUCAACAGCAGCAGCUUCAAGAACGGCUCUCAAACCAGCAAGCAUACAAUGCUCGCAUGUUGGCCAAGGCACCCACCACGACCACCUUUCGAGAGGACCAAGCCCGAGAGCGGCGGAAUAAGAAGGCCCAGGGUGUGCUGGAUAGUGAUGAUGAGGCUGAGGCGGAAAGGGGGGAAGACGCUGAAGAGAAAGCUAUCCUGGAGAGAAUUCGGGGCAAUCGACUCAAGGACAUGUCGUGGGCUGCCAAGAAGAACGCUGCUGGCGCUCGUGGAGGCGCUGGUGGGAAGAAGAUGUUUGGGUCGUUGAUGGAGAUGAACGCUGCCCAGUAUGUGUCUGCUAUUGACUCCGAGAAGAAGGAUGUUACCGUUGUCAUCCACAUCUAUAGCGAGUUCAACCCUUCAUCCAAAAAAUUGGACGGGUGCCUAAUCCAGCUGGCAGGACGAUACGCAACCACAAAGUUCAUUAGGAUCAAGGCGCGAGAAGUCGACUUUGACGAAGAGGUCUGUCCUACCGUCCUUGUCUACCGUGCCGGCGAUCUCAUUGCCAAUUUUGUUAUGAUUUCCUAUGAGUUGUCCGAGGACUUUGACAGUACAGAGCUUGAAGAGCUCUUGACAAAACAUAAGGUGAUUUCGCCACACGACCAGUGCCAGCGAGAGACAUCGUUCUUUGAUACAUCGCUCGACUUGGACGCAUUGAACGCACAGCUAGGAGACUUAAAUAUGAUGGGCAUGGGUCUCGGAGGUGUUGGAUUGGGUCACUCAUCAUCAUCGACAGGAGGAGGAGGAGGAGGAGGAGGAGGAGGAGGAGGAGGAGCUGUGAGUCGGCGUGGUAUCUUGAGUGGCAACGUCAAAGAGUUCAGAUACCAGGACGAUGACGAUGACAAUGAGGCCGAUCGUGAUUAUGAUGAGGCAGAAUACUAG